AUGAACAUGAGUGGCGAGCCUGAGAAACCUGCAUUGGAACAAUAUGGCGUAGACCUCACAGAACGAGCUCGAGACGGCAAGUUAGAUCCCGUGAUAGGCAGGGACGGAGAGAUUCAGAGGACCAUCCAGAUCCUGUCGCGACGAACGAAAAACAAUCCAGUCUUGAUCGGCAACGCUGGUACCGGCAAGACUGCCAUCCUCGAAGGUCUGGCGCAGCGCAUUGUUCGUGGAGAUGUACCCGAGUCCAUAAAAGAGAAGCGUGUAAUCUCCCUCGACCUUGGAUCACUGAUUGCGGGCGCAAAGUUCCGUGGUGACUUCGAGGAGCGUUUGAAAAAGGUGCUCAAGGAGGUAGAAGACGCAAAAAAGGGUGUGAUACUUUUUGUCGAUGAGUUACACACGCUUCUAGGUCUCGGCAAGGCUGAGGGAAGCAUCGACGCGAGCAAUCUGCUCAAACCUGCUCUUAGUAGAGGCGAGCUGCAACUUGCAGGCGCAACAACGCUGAACGAAUACCGCCAAAUCGAAAAGGAUGCCGCGCUCGCUCGACGAUUCCAGCCGAUCGUGGUCGGCGAGCCAACCGUACCCGAUACCAUCUCCAUCCUACGGGGAAUCAAAGAACGCUAUGAAGUGCAUCACGGUGUCAGGAUAACGGACAACGCCCUUGUAGCCGCAGCUACCUACUCGAACCGCUACAUAACCGACCGCUUCCUCCCUGAUAAGGCUAUCGAUCUGGUGGACGAGGCUGCUAGCGCAUUGCGACUUCAGCAGGAGAGCAAGCCUGAUGCAAUUCAAGAGCUUGAUCGACAGAUCAUGACUAUUCAGAUCGAGCUCGAAUCUCUUCGGAACGAAACCGAUAUUGCCAGCAAGGAGAGGCGGGAGCGUCUCGAACAAACCUUGAAGCAGAAACAAGACGAGGUCAAGGUUCUAACCGAAAAGUGGGAAAAGGAGCGAUCAGAGCUUGACGAGAUCAAGAACGCUCAAGAGAACCUCGAGAAAGCCAAGUUGGAGCUUGAGCAGGCUCGGAGGGAAGGCAAUUUUGCCAAGGCUGGAGAGCUUCAGUACAGCAGGAUCCCGGAGCUAGAGCAAAAGUUACCGAAAGACGAAGAUGUUGCCGCUGGUGGAACUCGUCCUGACUCGCUCCUCCAUGAUUCUGUAACUGCAGACGAUAUUGCUUCGGUGGUCUCGCGAACUACGGGCAUACCACUGUCGAAGCUCAACAGUGGAGAAGUCGAGAAGCUUGUUCACAUGGAAGACUCGUUGCGACAGUUCGUAAAAGGCCAGGACGAAGCCCUCAAGUCGGUGGCGAAUGCAAUCCGUUUGCAACGAGCCGGUCUCUCCGGAGAACAUCGCCCCAUCGCCUCUUUCAUGAUGCUAGGACCUACCGGUGUGGGUAAGACCGAGGUGUGUAAGAGACUAGCGGAAUACCUCUUCAGUACGCCGCAAGCUGUCAUUCGCUUCGACAUGAGCGAAUUCAGCGAGAAGCACACCGUUUCCAGGCUCAUCGGAUCACCUGCGGGCUAUGUAGGCUAUGAGGACGCUGGUCAACUGACUGAGGCUGUGCGACGUAAGCCUUACGCAGUGCUUCUCUUUGACGAGUGGGAGAAGGCUCACAAAGACAUCUCGACUCUACUCCUCCAGGUCCUUGACGAAGGUUUUCUCACGGAUGCGCAGGGUCAUAAGGUCGAUUUCCGCAACACCAUCAUCGUGAUGACUUCAAACCUUGGCGCAGACAUCAUCGUUGGGGAUGAUGUUCUCGACUCGGUAGACAAGGACUCGAGCGAGAUUUCACCCGCCGUCCGGACUGCUGUCAUGGAUGUGGUUUCUGCGACUUACCCACCUGAAUUCCUCAAUCGCCUUGACGAGUUCAUCAUCUUCCGGAGACUGUCGCGCGAGGCAUUGAGGGAUAUUGUUGACAUCAGACUGAAGGAGCUGCAGCAGCGACUGGACGACCGGAGGAUCGUUCUUGAUUGUCCUGAUGAAGCAAAGCAGUGGCUGUGCGACCGUGGCUAUGACCCGAAGUUCGGUGCUCGGCCACUCAACCGCCUUAUCGCACGGGAGAUUGGUAACGGCUUAGCAGAUAAGCUGAUCCGUGGUGAGAUUCGCAGUGGCGACGUCGCCAAGGUGACUAUCAAAGAGGACGGCUCCGGCCUCAGCGUGAGCCCAUCGUCGUAGAGAGAGAGGCGUUAUUGAGAAAAGCGUAAUGAUUUACGACCUAAUGAAUGUUUAAAUAAGCUUGUAAAUUAUACUGAUUACUGUACAACAUGUAGCCUGUAGCUUUGUAAGUUAGCUCUCCUCUAAAACGUCAGCAUAAUGUACAUACUUCACUCAUCGUUUGAACCAGAA